CUCUUCGUGCCAGUCACCUACCUGCCCGUCAGUCUAGCGGGUAAACUCGAUAGGAAAAUGCUUCGGGCCCUGGUGGCCGAUCUGUCAGAGACGGAGAUACUGGAGUAUUCAUUGGCGUCACCAGGGACACGGCAAGGGGCCCGAGAUUCGCGAGAGGCCAUUCUCGUCAGGGCCUGGUCGGAGGCUCUACGGGUUCCUCCGCAAGAUAUCAAUGUGACGGACGAGUUCUUCCUUUUGGGUGAUUCCAUUGCAGCCAUUGAGCUAACCACCGUCCUCCGAAGCCGUGGUUUCCAUCUGACUGUGGCGGAUAUCUUCCAGCACCCCCGCUUAGAGUCACAGGCGCUGAUUCUGGCGGAACUGGUUGGGGAUCAAUACCAGGAAGCGAAACCGUUCUCCCUGGUUGAGGGCAUAGGAGCGCAAGAUCUUGAGGCCAUGCUGCGACUUUCCGAGGUCCCGCUUGGGGAUCUUGAUGACCUUUUACCGAGCACCCGCAGGCAGGAGGCUUUGUUCCUCAGCCAGACGGAACUCCCAUCGCGACUGUCGCAGGUGGUCCUCGAGCUCGACCAUGCUGUGGGGAUCCCCGAAUUUCGCUUAGCUUGGUUGGCAGUCGUGAAACGCAGUAGCAUCCUGCGGACUCGUUUGGUCGCUGAUGGACAGGGAGGCUUGCUGCAAGCCGUUGCCAAACAACUGCCACCCUGGGAGGAUAUUUCCAGCCUGCAUGACCACCUCGCCGACCCACGCUUCAGUGGGCCUUGGCGCAAUGGCCAGCCCUUGGUGCACUUUGCGCUUCGACAGGGUGAUGAUAGGUGUCGGAAAAGUGCCUUUGUCCUGUCAAUCCAUCCAGCACUGAUCGAUUGGGUCGCGCUACAAUUGCUCCUUGACCAGUUCCAGAACGAAUACCGUCAACUAACGGGUGGCCUCGCAGUGCCCUACUCCCGUUACGUGGAGCACCUCACUCAGGCGGACCAUGCAGCCUCCGCCAUGUUCUGGAUGUCGGAACUUUCGGAGCCGAACUACCUCCACUACCCCGAUGUCCCCUCCUCCGUUGCCACGGCAGACCAGCUCUCGCGGUCCUCGCUCUCGGCGUCGCUUGAUCUUCCCGACCGCUUGGGUGAACUGCGGCCCCUCGACGCCCUGGUCCACCUCGCCUGGGCCGUGGUUCUUUCCUCUCGAACACUCUCGGACGAUGUCAUCUUUGGGACUGCGCGAGCGAGUCGCCCCGCAUCGAUAGGCACCCUGGAGGCAGUUAUGGGCCCCACGGAAGCCGUCGCGCCCGUUCGUGUGCGGCUCACGAAAACAGACAGUAUUCAAGUGGCCGUGGUGGCUCUCCAAGAUCAAUUGCAGGCAAUCACGGUUCAUUCUUAUCUGAACGGGCCCCAGCUCGCGGGCAUUGGGCCAGAGGGAGAGGCGGCCAGUCACUUUCAGAAUUUGUUGGUCGUUCAUCCAGCGCUGAAAACGCCCCCAGAUCUCCUGACCACUAUGGAAGGCUAUCCACCCUUUCUGGAUGCAGGUCGUUACCACCAGUAUCCAGUCACGGUGGACUGUACUUUGGCAGCUGCCCAGGUCGAGUUGCGGCUUUCGUUCACAGAAGCGAUCGUGUCCCAGGCGGAAGCCCAAGCACUCUUACGGCAGCUGCAGUCUGUUCUGCGCGAGUUGCUGUCACGGCCGGCGGAGACCACGAUUCAGAACCUCUCAUUGCUGACUGCUGAUGAUUACGCACAGCUCGUGGCCUGGAACCGCGCGGCACCGCAGCCCGUCCGCGAGACGGCGCAUGGCUUGUUUACUGCACGAGCGCAAAGGCAGCCUCAGGCCGUCGCCGUGGAAUCAUGGGAUGGCCGUCUCACCUACGCGGAGCUGGACCGGUAUUCCACGCACCUGGGCCGGUAUCUGCUGGCAGGUGGGCUUACGCCGGGCCGCGAGGUGGUGACCGUGUGUUACGAGAAGUCGCGGUGGACGCUGGUGGCGAUGCUCGGUAUUCUCAAGGCAGGCGGCGCCUUCAACCUCAUGGACCCCUCGCACCCAUCGCCACGACUGAAGUUUAUUGCCGACGAAGUGGGCAGUCGCUUCAUGCUAUGCUCCCCGCGAUACGCAACCAAGGCGGCGGGGCUGGCCGCUCACCCGAUCAUCGUGGACGAGAGCUUCUUCCACGGGGACUUACCAACCAAGCAGUCCGCCGAUCUCCCCGCCGUAUCACCGGACGCAAUCAUGUACGUCUUCUACACCUCGGGGUCUACGGGCAUGCCCAAGGGCCACCGUACGCCGCAUGCCGCCUUCUGCUCGGCCGCCACGGCCCAGGCCCGCGCCCUGGGGCUCUCGUCCACCACACGGAAUUUCCAGUUUGCAUCCUAUGCAUACGAUGUCUGCAUUUCCGAUAUGCUGACGGGACUGUGUGCCGGCACGUGCGUCUGUGUGCCGUCAGAGGAGGAGCGACUGGGCGAUAUUGCCGGCGCCAUGGCACAGUUGCGCGUCAAUUUCGCCAAUCUGACCCCGACCGUGGCGCGUCUGUUGGAUCCGGACCGAGUGCCGGCGUUACAGACCCUCCUGCUGGGGGGAGAGGCGCUCCAGCAGACCGACCUCGACAUGUGGAGUGGGCGUGUGCGAUUGAUGGCCGGUUAUGGGCCCUCCGAGUGCAGUCCGCGGUCAACGGUCAACCCGCACCUGACGGCAGCGUCGAAUCCGCGCAACAUCGGCUUUGCAAGCCUGUGCAACUGCCGCGCGUGGGUGGUCGAGGUGGCCGAUUAUCACCGACUCCGGCCGGUCGGGCUCGUCGGCGAGCUGGUCAUCGAAGGGCCCAACGUCUGCAACGGGUACCUUGGCCACGCUCAGCAGCGCACGGACUCGGGCUUCAUCGACACUCCUCGCUGGUAUGCCGAGCUGAGUCCCACCCUCCAACCUGUGGGCCGGUUCUACAAGACGGGCGACCUGGUGCGAUUCCGCUCAUGUCGUCAGGCAAAGUGA